GCUUGACUGCUCCAGCAAGUCACACAAACAAUACUUACAGUUUCAUUCCAUUGUUCCUCUUGGCUCUACUAUGACACACUCAUUAUAUCUUUAUGCCCAUGGGGAAAAAAGGAAAUUAUAGUUUUUAUCAUAUACAUAAUUAUUGACUGAAAAUUGCCCCCCAGGAUAAUGGUGCAGACCCCUACUUGCUAUCAUAACCUAAGGAAAAAAUUACAAAAUCUAGCAAGAGGGUAUUGACAAUGCCAUCUCCAUUACAGAUGCAACCCAUAUUGUCACACUUACUGAAUUUGUAGGGAAACCAAAAUACUACUUGUCAUCUAUAAUGGGUAAAAAUUGCCUCCAUCGCAUAACCACUUGGUAAUCAAUAUUGCCACACUGAAACCCUGAGUGGCAAGGAAAAGGAAAGUGUGUCAAGGGGUUAUGACUGUCAUAGGGGUGGAGGCUGGGCCAUAGGGGCUGCAUGGAGAGGAGAGGAAGGGGGAGGGGGUACCUGCCUCCCUCCCUCAUUACCACCACCAUUAUGAUAGUUUGGAAGAGGGGAUAGCAGUUGUCUCUCUCCAUCAGUGUUAUUAUCACACCAUCACUGUGUGUCCCGGUCCUGCUGCUGCCACCACCACAGCUCUUCGAGAUGUGGCUCAAGAGUGCUCUGGCUGUGGCACUGCUGGCCACGGCAACAAAGUUAUUGGUCACAGCUUUUCACCAUGACGCAGAUAACAAGGAGCUGCGGUGUGGCCGAGGGUGGCGGUGGGUGGAGGUGGCCGGGGGGGACACCAUCACCCUGACCUCCCCCAACUACCCCGCGGCCUAUGACUAUUACCGCACCUGUGGCUGGAAUUUCUUGCCAACGAGCAGAAACGUGAUCCUAAAGCUGAGGUGCGACAGCUUCCACCUACAGGAGUCCAACAAGCACGGCAUUUGCCCAGACUUCCUCCGGGUACAGCGGAAGAAGCACUGUGGUACCAGCAAGCCUGUGAUCACCGCCACCAACAUCACCAAGCUGGGGAUCUCCUUCCACAGCAACGGCAGACUCAACUACCCAGGAUUCCGCUGCACCCUGACAGCCACCAACCCUAACAUCCAGCGCUGCGUGUGUGGUGACACUGACGGCAGGGAGGCAGCCGAGGCCCCCUGGGUAUCAUCGCUGGUGUUUGGCGACGACUCGCAGCCGUACUGCAGCGCCUCCGUGGUGAGGGAGCGCUGGGUGCUCACCUCGGCCACCUGUGCCGCACGAAUCAAGUACAACAAGCACAACUACGCGGUCAUCGUUGGGGCAGGCCAAGGCGGGGCCGGCAAGCGUCUGCCCAUCCGCCGGGUCUUCCUCCAUCCUGCCUCUCUGUUUGGUCUGCCGCGGUCAGAUGCCAACCUGGCCCUCAUCCACCUCAAGGAGCCUGUGGACUUCAGAGGCGGGGUGGCCCGGCCUGUGUGCCUGCCCCUCAGCCCCGCCCACCACCGCCCUGCAUUGGGAUUUGAAGCGUGGCAGGGCUGGCGGGGCAGUGAAGUGGAGAAGCAGGAGUGCCUGUCAGAGGGCCAUCGUGGGGACGCCUGGCUCUGUGGCCGACCUGCUGACCUGUGCCGCGCUGACGAGGGUGACUUGGGCAGCCCCCUGGUAUCAAGGAGCCAAGGUGAGGGCGGAGCGGUACAGGUGGGCGUGGCGGUGGUAGGCGACGGCUGUAUAGGGGACCAACACACUCUACGCAACUUAGGCCCACACUCACCUGCCGUGUACAUUAGUGUGAUACGACACCUGCCAUGGAUUAACCAGGUGCUGGGAAGAGACAACACCUGCCCCUACCAUGACUGAAUCAGAAGACGGUCUAUGGUUUUAUAAGUUGGUCAUGGUUUGCUUUAUGCAUUUACUUGUUAGGUCACGUAUGCCAAAGGUACAUAUUAGUUUAAGUAGUAAAGAGUAAUGAUAUACGCAAUACAAAGAAUACAUGAAUAACAAAACAAGGAGGGAAUUUCAUAUUACUUCAUAUAUCAAUACUUAAUGCAUUACAUCAGUUAUUACCAUCUACCAGUGUCUGUUUGAACAUUGAUGCUGACUUGUAACAAUCUUGUGAAUAAAGACGUUGUGCAUU